UUUCACUCCCCAGGAAUCUCAUUUUGGGGCCUGCGGGCAGCAAAGAGAAGAUACAUGGCCGUGGGAAGGAACAUCAACAUAACAACCGACUUCAUCCUUUUGGGAUUUUCAGAGCAGCCAGAGCUUCAGGCUUUCCUCUUUGUGUUGUUUCUGGGGAUCUAUUCUGUGACUCUGACUUGGAACCUGGGCCUUGUUGUCUUGAUCAGGAUGGAGUCAUGCCUGCACUCCCCCAUGUAUUUCUUCCUUGGAAACUUGUCCUUUGUUGACAUCUCAUACACGUCCUCCAUCACCCCCAAGAUGCUCUGUGACUUCUUCAAGCAGCAGAAGACCAUCUCCUUUGUGGGAUGUGCUACUCAGUUUUUCUUCUUCAUCAGCAUGGGGGCCACUGAAUGCUGUCUCCUGGCGGCCAUGGCAUAUGACCGCUAUGCUGCUAUUUCCACCCCUCUGUUCUACGCAGCCUUCAUGUCACCCACCAUGUGUGUGGGGAUGGUCAUUACAGCAUACACUGGAGGAUUCCUCACGGGAUUGGUCCAAACCAGCUCCAUAUUCCAGCUGUAUUUCUGUGGGCCACGAGUCAUUAAACACUUUUUCUGUGACCUGCCACCUCUGCUAGUCUUGUCUUGUUCUAGUACCUUCCUCAGCCAGGUAGUGAACUAUCUUGUUGUGUGUGCAGUUGGUGGGACAUCAGCUCUUGUUGUCCUGGUGUCCUAUUGCUACAUCAUUGCUGCUGUCAUGAAGAUCCAUUCAACCCAAGGGCGGAUGAAGGCUUUCAACACCUGUGCCUCUCAUCUGACCACAGUGAUUCUCUUCUAUGGCUCUGGUCUCUUCUCAUAUCUCCAUUCUAGUGCUGGCUACUUACAGGACCAAGAGAAGGUGGUGUCCAUGCUCUAUGGAGCUGUGAUUCCCAUGCUGAAUCCCAUCAUAUACAGUUUGCGAAACAAGGAGAUCAAAGAUGCAUUGAAAAAACUCAAGAACCAGAAGAAGCAGAUGUUCCCUCUGUGUCUUAUGGUUCUCUAAGUUAAAAAAAAAACUUAAAUUGGGGCACCUGGGUGGCUCAGUUGGUUAAGCAUCCAACUCUUGGUUUCAGCUUAGGUCAUGAUCUCACAAUCAUGUGAGUACAAGCCCCACAUUUGGCUCUGUCAGCACAGAGCCU